UUUAAAAUUAUCCGGUGCAACACUUUAUUUACAAACUUCUUUAUUGCCGCGUGACUCUCCAGUUUUGUUUGGGUUCACGUGUAUGUUUAAAAAAGUAAUAAGUGCAUUAUGGCAGCAUGCAAUUAUUCUCUUAAGGUAAAUAGGUCCUUGCUGGACCCAAAGUUUGAAAGCUACCGCUUGUCUUUGGAUGCCUUACCCACAUAUAACGUGGAGUUAGAUUCUGCUGUAGCUGAAGUAAAGCUUCGAGAUGACCAAUACACUUUGGACCACAUGCUUGCUUUUGGAAUGUACAAUUACCUGCAUUGUGAUUCCUGGUACAGCGACAGUGUCUAUUUUGUUGACCAGCUUGGGAGGUUGCUUAAUGUGACAGUCACUUUGGACACUGUUAUAGGUAAACCUAUUGAAGUAUUCAGACUGCCUUCUGAUAUUAAUUCCUGUGAUAAUCGCCUUUGUGCAUCCAUGUACUUCUGUUCUCCUACUUGGGUGGCUGUGUCAGAUGGCACUGGACGAUUGUUUAUCAUCAAAACUGGCAAACGGGGCAACAGCACUGCUGAAAAAUGGGAGAUUAUGUUUAAUCAGGACCUGGGAGAUCCUUUCACUGUUAUCUACAGUAACUGCUAUGUAAAAUCUACUGAGCAUAUAGUUGAAAUCCUUCUGCUUCGAGUGGAAAAGGAUGAAGUGGAUGAAAGGGGAAGUGGUUUUCAUGUCUCUCUAGAGUGGCUGACAGUAACCAGAAAAACAAGUGAUGAUAGUGAAAAGUAUGUCAUCACAGAACACAGAUUAUUUCAUGGAAAGUCAGUUCCUCAUUACGCUGCUGUAGAACCAGAAGGAAGUGGCCUUAUGAUUGCAUCUGCUAAACCCUUCACAGCUAUAGAAAAAGAUGGGGUUCCAGUUGAAGAAAAUGAAGAGCACAUGGAAGAGAAUGAAACAAAUGAUCCUAUUUAUUAUUGGCAACAAACGUCAGAUGAUGUGACUGUAACAGUUCGGCUUCCUGAGGGGAUAGCAAAGGAAGAUAUUAUGUUUGAGUUAACACCUGGUCACAUACGUGUUGGUUUAAAAGGGCAGUUAUCUUUGAUGGAAGGACAGUUGCAUGCCAGUGUUGAUCAUGAAAGCAGUACAUGGAUUUUGAAAGAUGGCAAAAGCAUUGAGAUUUCAUUAUUAAAAAAAGAUGACUCCAUGUGGCCAGAGCUAAUUCCUGGUGACAAAAAAGGCCAGUUCAUUAUGGACCCCACUCAGGCUGCUGAAAUAAAUGAACAUUUGAUGCAUCUCACUUCUGCAGAACUGAACUCUGACAGAGAUGGAGGUCCUUGUAAUGCCCAGGAAGUGGAGGAGUGCGACUUGGGUCCUGAAGAUACCUCAUGUCUGACGAGAUUUGAAGGCAGCACCAUGAAAGCCACACAUGUGGUUAGUCUUGCAAGUCAUCAGUACCUUUUCACAGUUGCUGUCGACCCUGCCAAGAUGCCAUGUUUCUGUCUUCGUCAUGACGUUGAUGCUCUUCUGUGGCAGCCUCAGGCAGACCAGAAAGAGAACAUGUGGGACCAUGUUGCAACUUUCAACGCUUUUGGUUAUGUCCAAGCCUCUAAGCAGGACAAAAAGUUCACAACAUGUGCACCGGACUACUCUUAUGCUGCUGUUUGUGAGUGUUUACGCAGAGUGUUUAUCUACCGCCAGCCUUCUUCUUUGACCACGGUUCUCUACAACAGAAAGGAAGGAAGGCAUGUUGGCCAGGUUGCUAAGCAACAGGUUGCAAGCUUAGAAACCAGUGAUCCCAUCUUGGGCUUUCGGGCUACAAAUGAAAGGCUGUUUGUAUUAACUGCAAAAAAUUUAUUUGUAAUAAAAGUGAAUCUUGGAAAUUAAGUGUAGAACUCUAAAAAAAGUAUUGAGGUCGCAGCCUAUUCUGAAGCAGAUUUCAUCAUCAGAAAUAUAUAGUGACCCAACAUAUGUGUAGAAUAAUGAUUUAAAAUUUGUUGUUGUAAAGAGCCUUCAACGUUAACAUGUAAAGUGGGAUUUGAAAUAUAUUGAAUGAGGAAUCAUACUGGGAUCGUGUUACAGAACAACAAAAACAUUCUUAACUACAGACUUUUUGUUGAUUGCUGUUUUUGAAACUGAAUAUUUCAUAAAACAUUAGACCAAAGUAUGUCAGCUGAUGUUUGUCAUACCACUUGUACAUUUGCUGAUUCACAUAUUCAUCUAUGGCCUUGUGUCCAGUAGUCAGUAUUUUAUUAAGCUAUUUAAAAGACUGUUUGAAAAUCUUUAUCAUAUUUCUGACAACAAACUACUGUCCUUUGAAGCAGUAACAAGGGUCUGUCUGCAAAGCAUUACCAGCUGUAUCCAAAAUUAAUUAUGUUUGUCUUAGUGACAUGUUUUUAUAACUGGUACAAACUUUAAAAGGAAUUAAAUGAGUUAAUAUUUUUUAUUAUUUUU